UGGCGACGGCGCUUCAUGACGUAAACAGUCAUACGCAGCAUGUCCAAAAGAAAAGUGACCUUCGAAGAUGGGAGUGACGAGUUCACUUUGGAAGAGGAUAUUCCAAAGAAGAAGAUAUGUGAAAGUGUUAAUGGUCCAGGCUCAAGGUUCAAAGAAAAACAUUCCCUUGACAGUGAUGAGGAGGAUGAGGGAGAAGGCGAAAAUGGAAAAUACGAAAUAUUGGCCAACGAUGAUGUGGAGGGUCAGGAAGAGGCCACUAUUGACUGUGAUGAAGGGGUGCCCAUAACACCCUUUAACUUGAAAGAGGAAAUGCAGGAGGGGCAUUUUGACUCAGAGGGAAACUACUUUGUGAAGAAAGAGGACAAAAUUCGAGACAACUGGCUUGACAAUAUUGACUGGGUGAAAAUAAAGGAACAACCAGUAAAGAGAAAGAAAGGUCUUGCAGCCAAGAGGAGGAGGAGGGUUGGGGAUGAAGAUGAAGCUGAGGAAGAGAAACAGCGAGAAGAGAAGCAGGCUGAUAAUGAGGAAAAUGAGGCAGAACCUGAAGUGGUUGAGGAUCCCUUGGCGUCUCUUAACCAUCUUCAGCUUGUAGAAGCAGUCGUUGAGCUUCUAUUGCCGGGGGAGACUGUUGCCCGGGCACUGAGGAGACUUGGAGGAAUGGGGGGUCAGAAGAAGGGAAAAGGGAAGACUGGUGGGCAGGAAGAAGGUGCAAACCGUGAUGCAGAGAAGCUAGACAGGCUCACGGCACUGGCAGACAGACUGGUCGGGAGUGGAGAGUAUGAGAUUUACCAGCAAACCUAUGAGAAACUGGCAUAUAUGACAAAAACUGCAGUAAAACAAAAAGAAAAGAGUGAGGGUGAUGAGGAUGAUGUACUAGACAUGUUUGCAGAUGAAAUUGAUGGGAAGAAGGCACAAGAGAAAGAAAAGGAGGUGACAGAAGAUGAUGGAGGAAGGGUUUGCGAUGACGUGAUGUGGGAAUAUAAGUGGGACAAUGAUGAAAAUUCAGAGAUCUAUGGCCCAUUCAGCAGUCAGCAGAUGCUGGCCUGGGUGAAUGAGGGCCACUUCAAAAAUGGCGUCUACUGCAGGAGGGUUGGACAAGGAAACACGCAGUUCUACAACUCAAAAAGACUUGACUUUGAGCUCUACACAUGAAGAGAUGCAUAUGAUACACGUUGACAUGCAUAUUUGUAAAAGAACAUUUGUUUGGAGUUUGAUUGUAAGAGUCCAAAGCAGCUUUUUUAAAUAAGACUACUUAAGGUCCAUUCUUGUCUCUUUUUUAUUUUUUUAUGUGGUGAAGGGGGAAACAAGUUAUAUGGAUAACUGAGUGACAUGCUGACACAUGCACAUUGCAGAUAUGUUUAGUGGAUAUUAAGACCUUGUUUAGAUAUUGU